AUGGACCCCCUAUCUCCGAACCCUGCACCAAUGAACAUGUCGACCCCGCCCUCAAUGGUGGACCCGAAUCUCAAUUUCGACUGGGACCAAUGGGACGCUGUCUUUGGACAACACCUCCCUGUCUCCGAUGAGCUGAUGGAACUGGAUCCGGUCGCCGGACUAGACUUUGCAAAUAUUGGAAUCCCGUCCGCUAACACGAACCCCGGCGGGCCAAUUGGUUUCAAUGGAUUACCAGUGGUACCGCAGACCGCGGACGCAAAUACCACACCCCCGUGGACCGACAAAGGUGUCAAUCGGGGUAAUUUGUCUAGCGAUUGGACUGGAUAUUGUUGA